AUGUUCCUCUACGCCGACCUCGCAGACAGUGUGGGCCCCGUGGGCCCCGUGGGCCCCCGGCUCCUGAUGAACUUCUGCGCUCUCACCGCCCACGUUCUUCACACGAUUGUGGCCUACAUGGUUCUGAUGGCAGCCUGGCCGGAUGAUCACCACGAUGAGGAAGCCUUGCUUCCGGGGAAGUUUCGGUCCACUUUGUACCUUGACGUCUUCGGGUGGCUGUUGAACCCCACAGGGCCAGGACCUCGACGAAAUGAACGAGAGGAUGAUGACGAUGAAGUUCGUAGCAUGCGCAGCUUUAUGGGCAGUCGUCAGGACAACGUGAUGCCUAGCGCCUCGCCGCCCAGCGCUGCCAGCGCUGCCAGCGCUGCCAGCGCUUCACCGCCGCGGCCGGUGUCGCUGGAGCCUCUGAACAUCACUGAUUUCAGUGUUGGGCUCAGUGAAGUUGAGGAGUUUUCACCUAUGUCUAGAUGCUCCCAGCUUAGGAGUCGUUGGGACUCCGCUUCUGCUGUCAGCUUUCGUGGAAGCACCUCGGUCCGGCCGGCUGGGGGAUAG